AUGCAUGGUUCGUUAACAACUGUGCCCAAUGGCGAAGUAUGCCAUUCAGAAACCAUGGAAGUGGUACUUCAUAGCUAUGCCAAAGGUGUCUACGGGUUAUCGCUGAACAAGCAACAAGGUAUCGGACCAUCAGACGAUCAACAUCGACCACUGUUUAUUUCGUACAUUGAAAAAAGUUCACCAGCUGAAAGAUCUGGUGUCUUACAAGUUGGUGAUCGUGUUUUGGCCAUAAAUGAUUGGUGUACAGCAGAUGCAACUGUUGAAGAGGCCAGUAAACGGAUUCGGCAAUCGAGUAGCCCGUUAACACUUACUGUUGAAUUCGAUGUAAUAGAGUCGGUGAUACCGUCUAACGGAAUUCUGAAUGUAAAGUUGGCCAAACGUGGGAACAACUUAGGCAUAGUAGUGCGAUGUGAAGCUGAUGGCAAAAAGGGUGAACCGGUGAUCAUAUCGGAUAUUCGGACUGGAAGUGUUGCACAUCGAUGUGGCUCAAUUCACGUCGGCGAUCGGGUACUGGCCAUCGACAACAUCGCAUUGAAUUCCUGUACCGUUGAAGAAGCUAUGCGAUUGUUAAAGCGUUCUGGAGAAGUUGUGAAGUUAAAAAUUCGAAAAUCUUUCACUCCAACAACAGAUGAACCAGACUCGCUACAAAAGGUCGUCUACUCAAUUGAACUUAAUCGACGUGGAAGGCCGGUUGGAAUUACAAUUGCAUCUCGAGGAGAAGUUGGGGAUCCAGUUAUAAUAUCUCAAUUGGCUCCAAAUGGAUUAGCAGAGAGAACUGGUGCUUUCCGGGUGGGCGAUCAAAUUUUAGCAAUUAACGGUGAAUCAAUAGAAGGCAAAAAAGUAUCUGAUGCAAUUAGGCUUCUUCAACAAAACGCCGAUCUGGUAACAAUAAAAAUCUCCCGCAUUCUUGAACCAGCUACUGCUUCAUAUACUGCAUUUUAUAACUCUACUGGUUUGCCGAACACACAUCGUUCUCGGCACUCCCGAAGCACCGUCCCUUCAGAUUCGUUUAGCGAAGCUUCAGAAAAAAUGGGAACACCAAUUCAAAGUGUCGAUAGUGCUGUUGAGAGUUUGGAAGAUUCCCCAGUUGGCCAACAGAGAGCAAGUUCCGUAACUCGUCGUGUAGGCAUUCAAGAACAAAUGAUCAAAUACCGCAGCGGAGGUGAUGAUCGUGUUGACUGGCGGGCGACUCACGAUUAUGUAAAUAAUAAUGCUCCAAUGCAAAGUCCACUUUCACCCUGUCAUACAAAUGAGACCCCCAAUCCUACCUCAAUUAAUCCUGGUUUACAACAACCGGAGACAUUUGGCUGGGACAGUGGUUUAAGCUCAACUACAGACAAUAAUGCUGCGGAAUGUUGUUUAUGUCAGAAGGCCUCUACGAGCGACAAUGAAGAUUGGGUCAAAAUACUGGAGGCGUUGGAAACAGUUGGAGAAGCGGAAAUGCUUCAAAAACUCGAAGACAGUAUUAUGGGUGGUAACGUGCCGAUUCAACCUGGCACUAGUAACGCGCAUUCAGCCUCUACUCUGCUGUCUCCACCCCUCGGCGGUCGUCAGCAGUGGCACCCUUUCGCACCAAGUGCAGCCAAUACAAUAUUAAGACAACCGGCUACUAAGUUUACGCCAAGCCCAGUGCCCCAUCCUUUGACACAAAUGCGCGAUGUUUUGUCAUCUGAGAAAGCUGAAGCUCUUAGCACAAAUUCAAAUGAGUCUGGUUCAUUUGGUAGUAAUGUACCGCCGUCAAUGCCACCUCCAAAACCACCUCGUUAUGAAACGAGAGAGUCAACAAGCAUGCUAGAUCCUUACAAACGUAAUUUCGAUUCUGAUAUGACUAUUCCGUACAUCACUUCUCCAGUACCUCCUAGUCAGCUAAGAGGAUCUGAUCAAAGCAUCCCUGUUACUUCGCUAGUGCUUCACGAGCUCUGUCCGAAAGUUCAAGCAUCCAGCCCAAAAGUGGUAACCAGGGGCACAACACAUCGUGUGACUCUUCAUAAAGUACUUCAUAAUGCUUCUGAACUUUACUUUUCAAAAAUUUACCCACUGUUUCACGAUCCAGGUACUGACAGCUUUGGGUUUAGCAUCUCUGACGGAGUAGGUGAAAAUGCUGGCGUAUAUAUAAACACAAUUAUGCCUGGUGGGCCUGCAGAUAAGUCAGGAAAUAUGUUCCCGCUCGACAGGAUAUUACAAGUAAACGACACAUCACUUGAGUAUUUGGACUGUGAUAUUGCGGUACCAUUACUAAACGUGGAUAAGAUAGAUUUGGUGUUAUACCGUGAAGUAGCACCAAAUGUCGGGUCAAAUCGAGUCAGCGGAGUUGCGACUUUUGUUAACAAUAUUAAUCAUGAACUUAAAGAUUCGUCUGUUUAAAA